GUUCGGUGCGAGAAAGAUCGUGAAUUUUCGAUUCCGAAGAAUUACACGUGAUUCCGCCGCAGGGAUAUGAUGGAUAGGGGUUAAAAUUCGUCAAUCCGAUGCGUGCCAUUUUAUUUUUCUUCAUUAUCGGGGUCGAAUCCCACACUCACGGGCCAGUGUAUUUGCUGGAGCCGCCACCUCGACUUACAUUUUCAAACACCACCGGGUCCCAAGUAAGUUGUUCAGCCCAUGGUUCUCCGAACCCUCAGGUCGAGUGGUUGCUUCACGAUGGAAAAAGGGUCACCGCCGUUCCUGGCCUCAGACAAUCAUUGGGCAACGGUACGUUGUAUUUUCCGCCGUUUAGGGCGGAAGACUACAGGGCGGAUGUCCAUUCGACAAUGUAUAGAUGCAGGGCGUCCAACAUAGUCGGAACGAUAUUGAGCCGAGAAGUGCACGUACAAGCGGUGGUAAACGAGCACUACGAAGUAAACGUGUAUCACAGCCACGUCAUAGCAGGAAAUACUGCUGUUUUAAAGUGCGUGAUACCAUCGGUGGUGAAAGAACACGUAACGGUUACAUCCUGGUCGAGGGACGAGAGUAUUUUACUUCCUGGUCCCAAUAUGGGUGGUCGAAUCGUUGUGACGUAUGGAUCAGGGGAUCUUCUGAUACGUUCUGCAAGGGCCGAUGACAGCUUGCCGACUUACUCUUGCCUAACAAUUCAUUCACUUACUCAAGAAAGGAAGAGGAGCGUCACAGCCAAGUUAUCUGUGAUAGAAUCAACGAGAAGUGUAGCGCCUAGAUUAACCCCGACCGUCCUAACGGCACUUACUACAUAUCGAGAGACUGAUAUUCAUUUAACUUGUACUGCUCAAGGAAAUCCGCCUCCUAAUUUUGGGUGGUUUCGCGAUACCAACGGUCAUUUGCAACCGGUUCAAUCAUCGUCGCGAUUCGAGCCAUCUCAAGACAUUAUGCUCAUAAAAAGACUGAAACCUGAAGACUCCGGAAGGUGGACUUGCAAGGUGCACAACAGUUUCGGAGAGCAGAGACUGGACAUACAUCUAACGGUAGUUGCGCAUCUGAGCGUUCACGUGCUGCCCCAGCUUCAGGUUAUCAAUUCCGGAGAUACCGCAAUUUUCAACUGCACCGUUUCCGGAAGCCCCGUGGGACGCGUACAGUGGUUGAAGAACAGCGAAAUGAUUCAUCCAGAUGAAAAUGGAAAAGUUAAAUUGUUAAGCCCUUUGGUGCUCCAAGUGAGUGAAGUGACCCGACACGAUAAAGGGAUGUAUCAAUGUGUCGUCCAGAAUGAGAAAGAGAAUGCCCAAGGCAGCGCCGAACUUCGAUUAGGCGACACGAUUCCGGAACUGCAGUAUAAUUUUAUCGAUCAGGCUUUACAGCCUGGACCCCACGUGUCACUGCGGUGUUCUGCUACCGGAUCACCACCACCUCAGUUCAGAUGGUUACUCGACGGUCAACCCCUUUCCGGUAUUACUCACGACAAUAGAUAUGCCAUAAGUCAAUAUCUCGACUACGUGGGGGAUGUUGUUAGCCACCUAAACAUAACGAACGUCAGGGUUGAAGACGGUGGCUUAUAUAGUUGCGUUGCUUCCAAUUCGUUGGGAAGCGUCGAACACUCGGCAAGGAUCAAUGUGUACGGGCCCCCCUUCAUCCGAUCGGUGGGCCCUGCGAAAGCGGUAGCAGGAACAGACGCGGUCCUGCAUUGCCCUUAUGCCGGUUACCCGAUCAAGUCCGUAAGAUGGGAGAGACACGGCCAGGAGCUACCGCAGGACAUGAGACAUCACUUGGACGAAGGAGGAGCUUUGACCAUUCUAAGGGUCGAUCAGAAUACGGACAAGGGUUUCUACACCUGCUACGUAACCAGCCGCGAGGGACACGUGGCGCGAAAAGAAAUAAGGCUUAUCGUUAACGCUCCGCCUGUGAUGGAACCGUUUGCGUUUCCUGCGAGUAUGCAGGAGGGCGGCAGGGCUCAGGUAACGUGUACGGUAACCUCGGGCGACUUGCCUAUCCACUUUUUUUGGUAUAAAGACGGAGAACCGAUUUCCGCCGCAUUAGAGGUGGAGGAAAGGGCGGCCGAAUUUUACAGCAUGCUGGUCUUCAAAGAGGUCUACUCUAGACAUAGCGGUGCGUAUACGUGUGUAGCUAGUAACGCUGCCGCAAGGGUAAAUUAUACGGCUCAGCUGAUGGUGAAAGUGGCGCCUCAGUGGAUUAUCGAACCGCAAAACGUUUCAGCCCUUUUGGGAAAUUCGAUACUUAUUCAAUGUUUGGCGAAAGGUUUUCCGGAACCCACCAUAUCCUGGCUAAAAGGCCAAGGAAAAGGACCAACUGAUUACCGGCCGAUCAACUUGCAUCGGGUCAACCCGAUGGCGAACGGUUCGUUAUGGUUCGACUCCGUAGUUUCCCAAGCCGAAGGUCAUUACUUGUGCAGGGCUACGAACGGCAUAGGGUCCGGGCUGGGGAAAGUGAUAUACGUAGCAGUGAACGAGCCGGCUAGAUUCGAAGUGCCGAACAAAAACGUAUCGGUAAAACGAGGCGCAGAAGUCACUUUAUUAUGCCACGUUCAUGGCGACGUGCCCAUCGAAGUGAUAUGGAUCUUCAACAGCAAACCUCUGGAUCUUCAUAAAAUAAGAUAUUCGCACGUCAGUUCGAAAGACGAAAAGGAGGUGAAGUCGCAAGUAACAAUCGCCCGCACGGAUAGAGAAGACUCCGGAGUCUACAAAUGCUUAGCCGAAAACGAUUUUGGCAGAAGCGAACACACUAUUAAUCUUGCCGUACAAGAGAAACCCGACCCUCCUUCUCAUUUAGAAGCCGUCGAGGUGUCGAGCAGAUCUGUCAAACUAUCAUGGCGUAGAUCCUUCGAUGGAAACAGUCCCAUUAUAGGCUACAUCGCUCAGUACAAAAUUCUAGACAGCAUCCGCCCCAAUUGGGAUCAGAGCAACGUCCUAAACUUGACGCUGCCGUCUGGUACGACCUCUGGAUCGACCGAGAACGCGAUAAUCGGCGCGCUUCAGCCGGCCACGGUUUACACGAUAAGAAUGCUGGCAGUGAACGGCAUCGACCACAGCGAUUUUACCGAAUCCAUUGCGGUCAAGACCCAAGAAGAACGCCCUUCGGAAGCACCGAAAGACAUUAGGGUCGAAGCGAUCAGUUCGACGGAUUUGUUUAUCCAGUGGUCGCCACCGCCAAGGCACGGCUGGAACGGGGAACUGCUGGGGUAUAGUAUAUCUUGGCGAGAACACAGGGGUUCGAAAAAUCAAACCGGCACCCAGACAAUCAAAGGGUGGGCUACGAACAAAUUCCAGCUAAGCGGGCUGAAAAAAUACACCACUUAUGAUAUCACGGUGAGCGCAUUUAACGGUGUCGAUGCCGGUCCCGCUUCGCCUACCAUUAUUGGGACUACCAAGGAAGGCAUCCCAGAGGCCCCGCCUCAAGACAUUAUCUGUUCGGAAGUGUCGUCGCAAAUCAUCAAAAUAUCGUGGAAAGUGCCGCCUCACCACCUCCACGGGGGUCUAAUACAGGGCUACAAGAUUUUCUAUCGUCCCGUUUCGGGACUUUUGUCGGAAGACGUCGCUAGCACCACCGGCGAAGUGAAACGUACGCAGAGUACGGAAACGUAUCUUCACGGACUUCAAAAAUUUACCAAUUACUCGAUCAGGGUUUUGGCUUAUACGAGCGCGGGCGACGGGAUCGUCAGUGACACUCUAUAUUGCUGUACGGAGGAAGAUCUUCCAGGGGCGCCCGCCAACAUAAAGGCUGCCGCUUUGACGGGCGAAUCGAUUUUGGUUUCGUGGUUGCCUCCCACGAAGCGAAAUGGUCACAUUAUCGUCUAUACAGUUUACUGUCGAGAAGCUGGACGCGUCGGUCAACACAAAAGUUACAACAUUCGACUGGAGGAUAUUCCCGAAGAGCACAGUCUCAAUUACGAGGUCAGGAUAUUGCAGGAGCAUCAGCUUUAUGAAUUUUGGGUUUCUGCGACUACGAAAAUCGGAGAAGGUGAAGCGACUUCGAUAGUAGCGCAGGCGACGAACUCCCGCGCACCAUCUAGGAUCGUUUCUUUCAGUCAAAUUUUACACCAGCCCAACAAGUCUAGAGUCCUGCUACCGUGUCUGGCCGUGGGCAAUCCGAAACCUCGAACGAGAUGGAUCCACCAAAAUAAACCGAUCACUUUUAGCACGUUCUUCGCCGUUACUUUGAAAGGAGAUUUGAAUAUACACAAUGUGGACAUAUCGCUAUCUGGGAACUAUACAUGUUCGGCUAUAAAUUUAUUCGGCGAAGAUGAAAUCACGUACAUGCUGGUGGUUUUGAUGCCACCGAAUGCACCCCAAGUCGAGGUACAAUUCGUGACAUCGAACAGCAUACGACUAAAAUGGACUCAACCCGAGAACGGCGGAGCGAUUAUUCAAGGUUAUAUAUUGAAUAUUAAAGACGAAUCGCAGGAUUGGUCUUCGAUGGAACUAUCUCCCGAAUAUUUGCAAUACACCGUGGAAAAUUUAAGGUGCGGCUCCCUUUAUCACAUUUACUUGAUGGCGCAAAACAAGGUCGGACGAGGCAGUCCCAGCAAGAUAAUCAGCGUCAGCACCAAGGGCGGCAGCCCUCAACUACCGAAAGAGGACAAAAUAAUAACCACGAAUUAUUCAGUGAUCACGCUAAAUUUAAAAAAUUGGCCCAACGGCGGCUGUCCCAUAUCCCAAUUUUCGGUCCAAUAUAAACCGUACUCGUCGUCGGAAUGGUUGCUGAUAGCCAACAGCGUGUCUGAGGAGGAAAUAACCAUUCAAAACUUGGUACCGGCCACUUGGUACCAAGUCAAAAUCAGUGCGCAAAACGACGCGGGACUUAUAUACGGUUUAUUCAACACCGCAACGGCCACAGUCGAUGGAAGUAGGGUACCCAAGCCCCCUAAGCUUCACGACGAGAAUGUCACUUCCGACAACAGUAUGUUAUUUAGAGAAUCGUUCUUCUUAAUACCCGCGUCGAUUUUGGCGUCCUUAAUCAUUUUCUUACUGAUUUUUUGGUUUGCCAUUUACAAAAGGAAAAGGCAACACGACGAAAAUCAAAUAAAUCGCAACGAGGAAGUAGCUGAAGACGCGCAGAACACGCAUCGUCACCAUAGACGCCACCCCCGGCAGAGGGAGGAAAAAUUGGCGGAAAGGCAAAAUAACAGUAACACGCAACAGGUUUACACUUCAUCCCCCGUCAAAGCGGGGGAGAAAGUAACCGAAGAGAUCUCUGGAACCUAUGAAAUAACACCGUAUGCGACAUUUGUAGUGCCAGCGUCUAAUAACAGCGAUUCUAUUGAUAAUCUAACUCUAGAUUACACCUUACAAUUUAAAACGUUCGGCCAUAUCGAAGACGGAGAACAUAGCAACAUUAUAUUGUCGAAAAACGCUUCGAACAAAAGCGCCUGGCACAAGAACCAUUUCUACCACAACGACGCGUCGUUACAUCCACAAACUACCCAAUUUUUAUACCGGCCCCAAACGCAGAACCGAGGUGAUUCGGAAUCGGAAGAUACCAGCGGUAGCGGCAGAUGCUCGAAUAUAUCGCCCAACUCGGCAUCCACCAGUUAUAGGACGGAACGGCAACCCAGAAAAAUCGGUUACACAGGUUACGAAACGUUACUAGUGACAGAUUUAUAUCGACGAGAUUCUAGCACGGAAUCUAACGAGGUGUCACCAUUGGCGGAAAGGAAACAAACGCCCAGGCACGUGGCAGGCCGAAGACACUACAGGACGGCUAGUAGCAGCAGUUCGGAAGAGGACACCCCACAAAAUAUGAAAAUCCAACCGCCGAUUAGAUUUUCCGACAGCAAAGAACUCAGCGAGGCCGAAUGCGACAGAGAUUUAAAACUUGCCGAACUAUUCAACUCUGAGCUCGCUGACAUAGUAGUUAGAUACCAGCAGCGCAAAGAACAAGAACGGAAAGAAUUCACCAUUCACGUUUAAAGGAAAACAAAGAGAAACCAGCGGAUGUAUCGAUCACAUCUUCCCUCAAAUUUAUUACGUUCUUCGUUUCCCUUACACAUAUUUCCGGGGCCCUUCAUAUUCCAAUGGUGCGCUGAAUCGACCUAGAUAUGACGUACCUACUUUGCAACGAUCUUCUGUGUGCUAAUUUGGUAGGCAGCACAGAGAACUUUGUCCGCGUAUCAUCCAAUGCGCUUUAAACGUUUCUUCAAUAUUGGAUGUGCCGAAUUAUUGUCUCCCCACCCUCUAAAGUCGGAUAUUUACGAUCG